AUUUACAAGAAAAAACGAGGCCUUGCCAAGGGUAAUCGCAUAGCACCUGUGUUAGCAGUCAUCUUCUUGGACCACAUCGAGAAGUCAUCACUGACUAGUGGAAUUUUGUUCUACAAACGUUAUAUUGAUGACGUGUUCAUUAUCGGAACGACGGAAGAAGACCUUGUGGAGACAUUGAAGAGACUUCACUCUCACGAUGCUAAAAUAACCUUGACAACGGAAGAUCCGGAGAGGGAUGGAUUCUCUCCAUUCUUCAAUGCGAAAACACGAAUAGUGAAGGUCAUAAGGAACACCUAUGGUGUAGAAAAAGUGCUUCGUCAAACAUCUUGUUGCAUUCUAGAAGCGCACAUCCCAUUUAUAUGGAAACAAACGUCGUGCGGAAUCUUCUGA